UUAUUAUUAGUUCCCAUUUCCUCUUCACCUUCUCGCAUCGGCUAUUUUACAUCCCUUUUCCGCGAUUUCCCUCUUCUGGUUGGGCCGAUCGAUCCUCAAUUCUGAGUUAAGGAAAAUCUCAGUUCGAUCUCGGUUCUUUGUGUAUACUGUUACGUAUAGCGUCUGUGUUUGUCUCCGGCAUCGGUUGGAUUCUCGCUUCUCAGCUGAAAUUAGGGAUUCAGGUUGUUGGGGUUUGAAUUUUCUGUUUGAUACGGGAUUUUAGAUCGAUCUCAUCUUAUGGUCUUGCUGCGGCUUGGGAUUUUGAACGGAUUGUAAUAUGAGGACUAUGCAUGAGCGGUGAUACUUUAUGGCUAUUUCGAGCAUUUUGCAUCUCCAAGCUUCGAAUGGGUUAAUGAUAAGGGGUCCUCAGGACGCGCAGUGAAGGGUUGCGGUAUAUUGGGCGGUUUAUGGGUUUAUGAACAAAGUUUCUUUGGUUUGUUGGAUUCUAUGAGGUUUUGCGGUGAAGGGAGGCACUGGGGCAAGGGAUGGUUGUUCGACCUGAAAGUUCAGUUUUUUAGUAGUAGAAGAAAAUCGAUUUUUACAGCGGAAGGAUAGCGAUAGUUGCAGAGGUAGAUUUACGGGAACCAGUCAGUAUUGGUGGUUACGUUUGGUGAAGAUUUUGCAGAUGUUCUCUACGGGGGCAAAUUCUUCCUUGGAAGCGACCGGGAUUGUCGGAGAAGUUUUAUUUCCGAAAACGUUUGUAUGGCGUUAUGGGGGGAGCAGGGUCUUGGUGACGGGCACUUUUACGAGGUGGGCUGACCAUGUGCCAAUGUCUCCUGUGGAGGGCUGUCCCACUCUAUUUCAGGCUACCUGUCGCUUAGCACCUGGCAUGCAUCAGUAUAAAUUCUGUGUUGAUGGGGAAUGGCGACAUGAUGAGCACGAACCUUCUGUGUCAGGGAGCUAUGGAAUAGUGAACAUUCUUUUUGUUUCACGGGAACAUGAUUCCUUAACAGCACCCUUAAGCCCUGGGACUCCUGGAAGUGGAAUAAACAUGGAAGUGGAUCACGAAACCUUCCAACAUGUGGGUGCAGGUCUGGGAAUAUCAGAUUCAGAUAUUGAAACUUCGCGCCAUUGUAUCUCUGGCUUUUUAUCUUCGCAUACUGCUUAUGGCUUGCUGCCAGAUUCGGGAAAGGUCAUUGCUCUAGAUGUCAAUUUACCUGUGAAGCAAGCUUUCCACGUUCUUUACGAACAGGGCAUUCCAGUGGCUCCUUUGUGGGAUUUUAACAGGGGUAAAUUUGUUGGAGUGCUAAGUCCACUGGAUUUUAUAUUAAUUUUGAGGGAGCUUGGGAGUCAUGGCUCCAAUUUGACAGAAGAGCAGCUUGAGACACACACAAUAGCUGCUUGGAAAUCUGCAAAGCAACAAAUCAGUAGGCAAUUUCAUCCACAUAGUAAAUCAGGCCAAAGAAGUCUGGUCUAUGCUGGUCCAUUUGAUUCAUUAAAAGAUGUGGCUUUGAAGAUUCUGCAAAAUGACGUAUCCACAAUUCCUAUUAUCCAUUCAUCCGCACAGGAUGGAUUUUUCCCACAACUGUUGCAUCUAGCAUCUCUUUCUGGGAUCCUUAAGUGCAUAUGCAGGUACUUCAGACAUUCUUCUCGUUGUUUGCCCAUUCUACAUCAGCCAAUAUGCUCUCUUGCAAUAGGUACUUGGGUUCCCAAAAUAGGGGAAUCAAAUACAAAGACACUGGCUAUGUUGAGACCGAAUGCAUCUCUGAGCUCUGCUCUAGCUUUGUUAGUUCAAGCUCGAGUUAGUUCAAUUCCUGUGGUUAAUGAUAAGGAUUCUUUGUUGGAUAUCUACUCAAAAAGUGACAUAACAGCUCUGGCCAAAGACAAAGUAUACACGCACAUUCAACUUGAUGAAAUGACUGUAUACCAGGCACUACAACUGGGGCAAGAUUCUAAUGGAUUUUUUGGGCAAAGAUGCCAGAUGUGCCUAGGUACUGAUACCCUGCAGAAGGUGAUGGAGCGAUUAGCAAACCCUGGCGUUCGGCGUGUCGUCAUCGUAGAGGCCGGCAGCAAGCGGGUUGAAGGUAUAAUUUCGCUUGGCGAUGUCUUCAGGUUUUUUCUCGGUUCAUCCUAAUCCAUGAUGAACCCGUCGGUUUAUUGGAAAGGCACGACCUCUUCUCCAUCUCGCUUCGAUGUAAUUAGUUUGGUUGUUCCUUUUAAUUCUCCCACUUUUAUUAGAUUGGGCCUUCCAAAUAAGAGCUUGGUACCUUCAACUGGGAGAAUCCACAGGAGCUGUAAAUGGGUUGAUAUUCUUUUUUUACCCCUCACGACCGAUUGGUUUAUGUUUUCAUGUUCUUAAUUUUUAAUUUUUUUUUUUCAAUGGAGGUUUAAAAUGCUUUCAAUUUUCUACGGACCAUCUCUCUGUAGAUCAAAUUCAGGUUUGGGGAAAGUGAGGGAGGGAAAGUGAGGGAGGGAAAGUGCUUCUUUGUUCAUGUAUCUUGGGUUUCUGCAGCUCUAGUCGUUCAUAUUGUUUUUAGUAUCCCAAUUAUGAAGUCAUAAUUACUUUUAUUUGAAAGGAUUUUUUUUUUUUUUGGAAUUUUAUUCAGUGUUUCAGAGCUAGUUUUUUUUUUCCUUUUUCUGUGAAGGAUGGUAUGAUGAUGUUUUAAGAUUCGUGUGGGUCAGGCUGCAGUUUUUUUGUAAUAAUGAUUGUAAAAUUGUCGUGGAAUACAAAUUUUUUUUGACAA